AAUUGAAUAUUCAUAAACUUUUCGAUAUCAGACAUUCAACGAACGACAGUUGUUCAAAGAAGAUAUUAAAAAAGUUAUUAAUUAUUUGUUUAAAACCAUUUUUAUAAUAAAUUGUGUGAAUCAUUGAAUAUAUUCGAUAAAUUGAUAAUCAAUAGUUAACCUCUUUCUGUGAUUUUUAUUCAAUUUUAGAUCAUUAAAAAUGUCUGAAGCAAGAAUGAACAAGUUUAAAAAUAAAGGACGAGAUACAGAGACAAUGCGAAGACGUCGGACUGAAGAAAAUGUGCAAUUACGAAAGGCUCGAAAGGAUGAUCAAUUACAAAAACGUCGAAAUAUCUCUGAAAUGGAAGAACCACUAUCUCCAUUACAGGAGAAAAACAGUGCAUAUUCUCCGAUUACUAUGACACCAGAAGAAAUUAUGGAAGGUUUAAUGAGUAUGGACGAGAAAAUUCAAUUACAGGCAACACAAGCUUGCAGGAAGAUUCUAAGUCGUGAACGAAAUCCUCCUAUUGACCUGAUGAUCCAGUGUGGUGUCGUGCCAAAAUGUGUUGAAUUCCUAUCCAAGACUGAAAAUUCAGUAUUACAAUUUGAAGCAUGUUGGGCUUUAACCAAUAUUGCGUCUGGUACAUCUGAACAAACAAUGGCUGUGGUACAAGCUGGUGCUUUGGAAAAGUUGGUACUUUUACUUGGGUCACCAUAUUUAAAUGUUGCUGAACAAGCUGUUUGGGCAUUGGGUAAUAUCGCUGGCGAUGGUGCAACAAACAGAGAUUUAGUACUUAAUUGUAACGUGAUGCCAGCUUUAUUAAAACUUAUCAAACCGGAUACAUCGAUAUCGUUACUACGAAAUACUGUAUGGGCAAUAUCGAAUUUAUGUCGAAACAAAAAUCCUCCACCAGAGUUUAUUCGUGUCAGAGAAUGUCUUCCAACAUUGGCACAAUUAUUAUAUUCACCGGAUAAAGAUGUUUUAGCUGAUACAUGUUGGGCACUUUCAUAUCUUACCGAUGGAUCAAAUGAAAAAAUUCAAGCUGUCAUAGAUACUGGUCUUGUUCCACGCUUAGUUCAAUUAUUAUCUAGUGAAGAGGCUACAGUUUUAACACCAUCGUUACGAGCGGUUGGAAAUAUUGUUACUGGUACAGAUCAACAAACAGACAUGGUUUUAGCUGCAGACGUUUUGGUUCAUUUAGUAAAAUUGUUACAACAUUCAAGAAUAAACAUUGUUAAAGAAGCCGCAUGGACUGUAUCAAAUGUAACUGCUGGUAAUUCUGAUCAAAUUCAAAAAGUUAUUGAUGCUGGCAUUAUGGAACCAUUAUUAAAUGUAUUAUCUACGGGCGAUUUCAAAUCACAGAAAGAAGCAGCAUGGGCUGUUACAAAUUACACUAGUGGUGGUACGGUACAUCAAAUCGCAUACUUGGUACAACUUGGUGUACUUCGACCUCUAUGUGCUCUAUUUAAUUCCAAAGAUACAAAAACUGUUACAGUUGCUUUGGAUGGUAUUACAAAUAUUUUAAUGGCAGCUGAAAAGCUUGGACAAGCUGAGAAUGUAGCCAUUAUGAUUGAAGCGUGUGGUGGACUUGAUAGUUUAGAGAAUUUACAAAAUCAUGAAAAUGAACGAGUUUAUGAGAAAGCUUUAGCAUUAAUUGAUCGAUUCUUUUCAGAGGAUGGUGAUGAAAAUGUACCCAAUAAUGAAAAUUCGGAUGGUGAAAUAUCAUUUAAUGUUGAGAAUACAGGAGCUACAAAUGGAUUCUCAUUUUAAAAUGUUCUCGUUUUUUAAAAUGUACUUUUACAUGUAA